GAAAGUGGUGUUGUGAGUUGUCAAGAAGAUAAAAGGAUUGCCGGAGUCCCACUCCUUUUGAUUAAUUAGAUGUCUUCUUCGCCGUCGUCAAAGAGAAACUGGCCUAGCAUGUUCAGGUCCAAGCCCAACCCAUGGCACCCCCACUGUGACGCCGGCGCCGGAGACCGGGACGGCGGCCGGAGCUCUCCCGACCAGCCUAAGGCGCGGUGGAACCCGAAGCCGGAGCAAAUACGCAUUCUCGAGUCAAUCUUCAACUCCGGGAUGGUCAACCCUUCCCGAGACGAGAUUCGGAGCAUCCGAGUCAAACUCCAGGAGUACGGUCAACUCGCCGACGCCAACGUCUUCUACUGGUUCCAAAACAGAAAAUCAAGAACCAAACACAAACUCCGGCAGCUCCACACCUCUCACGCCACCUUUCCGCCGCCGCCGCCGCCGACCGUUCAACAACAACACCCAACUCCUCCUCCUCCUCCUCCGCUGCUUCCCCUCUCCGCAUCAUCAACGGCUGCCUCCGGCGGGUUCGCUUCUGCUCAGGAUGACUCUCCGGCAUCGUCGGCGGCGAGCAUUGAUUCGCUGGCUCGACUGAUGGGCUACCCGGAGGAUGCUGGGACGGCAAGAGCGACGGUGUUCAUAAACGGCGGGGUGGCGUUGGAAGUUGCGGCGGCGGCUCAUUUCAACGUGAAGGCGGCGUUCGGCGACGACGCCGUGCUGAUUCAUUUUCCCUCCGGCGAGCCGCUCCUCACCGACGAAUGGGUGAUUAAGAAACCAUUAAUGGCUUAUAGGGGAGAUGAAGAUUAUGACUAUUUGUUCAAGGUGGUGCUGAUAGGCGACUCCGGCGUCGGAAAAUCCAACUUGCUCUCUCGCUUCACCCGCAAUGAGUUCAGUCAAGAGUCGAAAUCCACCAUUGGCGUCGAGUUCGCCACGCGUACUAUCCAAGUCGACGACGACAAGAUUGUCAAGGCUCAAAUUUGGGACACCGCCGGCCAAGAAAGGUAUCGGGCAAUCACAAGUGCGUAUUACCGAGGAGCGGUAGGAGCAUUGCUUGUGUACGACAUUACUCGUCACAUAACCUUUGAGAACGUGGAGCGAUGGUUGAGGGAGCUGCGGGACCACACCGACCAGAACAUAGUGAUCAUGUUGGUAGGGAACAAGGCGGAUCUCGAGCACCUAAGAGCGGUCCCCACGGGAAGUUCAAGGGCGUUUGCAGAAAGGGAGAACAUAUUUUUCAUGGAAACUUCGGCCCUUGAGGCACUCAACGUCGAAAACGCCUUCACCGAAGUGCUGACUCAGAUCUACCGGGUGGUCAGCCGCAAGGCCCUUGACAUUGGGGACGACCCAGCCGCUUUGCCCCGGGGAAGGGCAAUAAACAUUGGGGACAAUAAGGACAAUUCCAAAGGUAAUGGAGGGUGUUGUUCUGCAUAAUAUGAUGAGGAUGGAUCAAAUCCAUGUAGUCUCUUAGGUGUCAUUCUUUUUCUGACAUUGUAUAUACAUUUAGAGCCUAUUAUAAGACAUCAUUAAAGAUCCCCAAUGCCCAAAAAGCAAAAAAAGGACUCCAUCCAAAAGGUCUUCUCAAGACCAACCAGACAAUUACUUGGAUUCUCCAUUAAAGAAAAUUACAAAUGUCAAGGAAUUUACAUCUAAUCUCUCAUCUUGUUUUGUAUGAACUUUGUUUGUUUCUAUUGUCCAACAAGAUCUUGCAUUUCUCAUGUUGAAUAUGCAUAAAACAUGAGUGCAAAACAUGAGUGCAGAUUAUUGCAUAUAUAGUUUUGGAUAUACAGCUAACAUGUUGGACUACAUGCUUAAACACAAACCAGCACCAAUCUUUCUUGUGAUCUAAGGUGCCAUGCUUGAGGGUAUUGUACUCGACCAAGCUCCGAGAAAUGAUCCCCUCACAAUCGUCUUCAGGGGGGCACAUUAUAGAGAAGAAGCUCACCGAUAAAAGUGUUGAGAAGUUACGUUCCUGCAUAUAAAAACCAUACACUGCUUACAAAAAAAAUUAAGGAUCUGUUUGAAUGGAGGCCUUAGUUUUAACUGGAGUCUAGAGUAUAGAUGUAGUAGGGAUAACGUGAGUUAAAAGUUGAGGAGAUCGGACCCUAAAUAGGUGACCCGUGUUUGGAAGUGUUUUGAAAGGAAAAUAAGAGUAGACGAGAGUUAAUAAAAGUGAGUGAGAACUCACUUAUAUAUAUAGCCCUUGAUUCUUGAAGCUUUUUACAUGUCAAACAAAAUUAAGGGGAAAAAAGGAGAAAAAACUGUAAACAAAAAAAAGUAACAUACUCUUCCGUCCUUGCAUCCCAAUUCGGAAGGUAAGAAAAAUAAGGGUGAAGAAGGGUACGAAAGACUAACAAUCACACAUCCUUACUCUUAUAUACCUUCCCUUACACUCCAUCCAGACUCUUAGAUGACAACAUAAUACUCUCUUGAUUGUAUGGAUGAUCUAAAGGGUAGUUGUGUUACCCUAAAAAAUUCACAUUCUGCACUUUAAGCACACCGAUUACUCCCUCUGUCCAAAAAAAGGCAUACGAAGCU